AACCCUUCGAGCAUCCUGUUUGCCUUGUGCACAAUGAAACGCGUUAGGAGCUACAGCAGUGUGAGCAGUAAAGGGAGGGUCCAUGGGAGGGACCAACAGCCAUAGGGAGGGCAUCAGGGAGGCGGAGGAGGAGGAGGGCGGCGGAUGCGCUGCUUUCUCCAGUCUCGCUCUCCGCGUCUUUGUCUCACACUCUUUGUUAGCCAUGCCUAGCCUGCUGGUGCUGUCAGGGAUCAUGGAGAAAAAUGGGGGCUACGGCUCGGAACUGGCCGCCUCCGGCUUCGGUACCGAGAGCCUCCUGGCGCCGCCAGACGAGGAGGAAGAGGAGUCGCGGGCGCUGCGGGUCGCGCUGGGCCAGCUCUCUUUGCUCGGGCUCGGGGAAAGCGAGGAGGGCGCCGGAGUUCAGGAGCGGAGCAACAACAACAACAACAAUCACCACCACCACCACGGCCACGGCCACGCCAACAGCAGCAGCGUUGGUGGAGGAGGUGGAGGUGGAGGAGGUGGUGCUGGAGAAGCUGGGAUCUUACAAGGCAAGAGCAAGCUGUGCGCCCUGUACGAAACCUCCGGUUCCGAGACCAAAGCGCGCGGCUGCAACAUCACCGAAUGUGUGCCCGUGCCAAGCUCGGAACAUGUGGCGGAAAUCGUGGGCAGGCAAGGUUGUAAAAUCAAAGCCUUGCGGGCGAAAACCAACACCUACAUCAAGACCCCCGUGCGGGGUGAGGAGCCCGUCUUUCUCAUUACUGGUCGCAAGGAAGACGUGGCAUUGGCUAGACGCGAGAUCAUCUCGGCAGCUGAGCACUUCUCCAUGCUCCGUGCGUCCCGGAACAAGCUGGGAGUGUCCUUUAAUGGUUCUCCGCCUGCUCUGCUGCCCGGCCAGACCACGAUCCAGGUGCGCGUGCCUUACCGUGUAGUGGGACUGGUGGUGGGCCCCAAAGGCUCCACUAUCAAACGCAUCCAACAGCAGACGUGCACGUACAUCGUGACUCCCAGCCGCGAUCGUGACCCUGUUUUCGAGAUCACUGGUUCUCCGGGCAAUGCAGAACGGGCACGGGAGGAGAUUGAGGCGCAUAUCGCUUCGCGCACCGGCACCCUCCAUGACCACAACAACGAGAACGACUGCCUGGCCACUGAGAACGGCACCAACGGUGGACCGGAGAAUCGCCUACAGCACGCAUGGGGGCUUCAGAGCGGUCAGCGCAAGCCACUGGCCAGCAGCUACCGGCAGAAUUUCUCUGACGCCGUGCUAGGAGGCACCGGAAGUGGAAGCGUUGGAGUUGGUAUGGGGAUUUACAGCAAGUCCGACUUCUCGGCCCCCACCAACGGAGAAAAGCCGUGCUCCUAUUUUGGGUCUGAAGGCUCCCAAAGCUGGGGUGACCCUGAUUACCCCAAACAGGUAGCCUACUAUGUGCAGCAGCGCUCCAAGAGUUUCGGAGGCCUGCCCUUGCCCUUGACCAGACUGUCUCCAGGUCUUCCAGAACCUUCUGGUACCAGCAGUCCCGGAUCUACUGGCAUAGGAUCAGUCCACGCCCAGGCUCGGCGUGCCCACAGCGAACCCACCACGACCCGAGACUGCAUGACCUGCUUCGAGAGCAAAGUGACGGCCGCUCUAGUGCCAUGCGGCCACAACCUGUUCUGCAUGGAGUGCGCAAUCCGCAUCUGCGAGCUGAACCACCCCGAAUGCCCCGUCUGCCACACGCUCGUCACCCAGGCCAUCCGGAUCUUCUCUUAAAAAAGGUCUUAAAAAGGUUUUUUUUUUGUUUGUUUUUUCUUUUUUUGGUGCAUUGGUUUUAACUAGAUAUUUUUUACCUACUUCUUUUAUUAGUUUAGCAUUUGUUUGGUCAGUAUUGGUCAGUAUGCCCCAUGUACGUCUUGCUUUUUUUCAGAAAAUGAAAAAAAAAUCAAAACGAGCAGAUAUUUUAGAAGACACUGCUUGCUUUACUAAAAAAAGAGUAAGAAGUAUUUUCAGAUUUUUUCUUUUAUAUAUAUAUAUAUACACACAUAUAUGCAUAUAUAUUUUAUAAAAGUUUUGUUAAAAUGGGGAAAAUUUUAACUCAAUGUCCUUUUUUUGCUGUUAAUUUAUUUUACAUUUUUUUACUGCUGCUGUUUUUCCACGUGAACUGCAAUGUGGGUUGAAACAGACGAAAUAAUGUGAAUGUUUUACACUUGUGUGUUUUAUUUCGGAAGUUAUUACCAUUAUUAUUAUGAUAAUAUAUAGAUUAUUAAUGUUGAUUUGUACGAUUGGAAAGAAUAUAGUUUUACAUCCCAGCGUUUGUCUGCGAAUAGGCAAAUCUGCUUUUUAAAGGCAAAGUACAUAAUGACUGAAUCUUAAGUCUAUCAUUGCACCUUAAAACUGAUAGCUUGAUUGUCAUUGGAAAAACAAAAAAAAAACGCCCUUUAUGUAUUUGUUUGAUCCUGCUUUGUGAAGAUGCGGAUUUGGGGAAAACACACACACACACACACACACACACACACACACACACACACACACACACACACACACACACACAAAACAUUGUGCAUUCAAACAAUUACUUCGAUAGCAAACGGAAAACAAGUUCGACACACUGAAUAACUACCUGAAGUAUGUUUUUUUUUUUCUCUUUAUGACAGUUUUGAAUUGGUGUUUGAGCGAUUUGGGUUUUUAUUCUACAAAAAAAAAAAAAAGCCACACGUUCAUAUAAUCUGUGAUACAACAGGGGGAAAAUGUUUUAUCGCUGUAAAGCCUUUGAAUUUUAAAAAGGUAGCGAGCCUUAAACUGAUUAAUCAGCUUGGACGUUCUUGCAACUUCCAAAAGGGGCGUUUCGAGUUUUCUUUUUAUUUCAUUCACGUUUUCCUCUUCAACAUAUUGGCCGCAGUGAAAAUCCUCACGUCCACACAGCGAGCGUUUAAUUUAUUAUUAUUUUUUCAUAAUGGACGCAUGAAAUGUAAACGAAACGCGAAAGGGAAGGUGCUCGCUAAUCUGAGUUUGAAUAGACCCUCCACAAAAGGAAGAGAAAGAGUCUGGGGGGGGCUGUAGUAAGGAAAUUAUGCAGCUCCCCCAGUCCAGUCCCCACAUUUGCGAACUGCCUGCUGCCUCUGCGUCCUUUCAUUGAAGCCGAAUGUGGGCAGGUGUUUCAUAUUGUGACCCCGGUUCUUUUUUUAGGGAGUGUCCUGAUCCCGCUCGCUGCCUAACCGUCCCCAUGCUAGGCUUUAAUGACCGCAACUGCUCAGCCAAGCAGGCGUAUUGUUUUAACGCAGCGGUGGGACGUUCCCUGGAGCGCGCUCUCACCCAAUGAGGAGCUGCUGAUUAGUCAUGUGGCAUAGACCAGGUGCAAGCAACUUGGGGGAAAGUCCGUUUUGCCAUGGAUGCUCCAAAACCCUGUGCUUUUCUUGCUCCCCCUCUACCAAACACAUAGAAAAGCCUGACUAGGUGCAGCUGGGGCCCCUCCCUUCACCUCUCCAACUCUCACUCUCUUUCUCUCCCUCCUCCUUCUGGUCUCCUGCUCCUCUGAGCUUUAGUAUUCCCACUGAGGAAAGGGGCCUCCUUUGUCCUGAUGAAGGGGGGAAAAAUCCAGAGUGCAGAUUUUAUUUCAGAGCGAGAGAGAGCGCGCAAAUGUUUGCAGGUUUUCUAUGUAGCAAACGGUUAUUUGUUCGCAAAAAGACCGCUCGGACAUGUACGUGUUUUUUGGUUUACAAUAACAGACGAACACAAAAACUAAAACUGCCAGCGGACGGUAAUUGUUCUCGUUAAUGCUUUCGCUCGCACCCCAAAGUUCAGUCCCUCCCUGAAAGAAAUCGCCAGAUCUGACGUGUCCGUGAGGGAGUGCAAGUCGAUCGAAGUUGCCAUGGAAGUUUUUUUUUUUAAAUUAUCAUUCACCAUGAGCAUGAACCACCCCGACUCACCAAACCCCCACCGCUACCACCUCAUCCCAAACCCCCCAAACCCCAAGCCAACGGCCACAGGCAGCCAAUGAGAGCAAGACGUCCAAGUCCAAAACAAAAUCAGACAAUUGAAAUUGACAGCAGAGCUGGGUGGACACGCCCCGUUUAGUGGCUGCUGGAGCUGAAUCAAAUUACACACCCACUCCAGUCCUACAUAUCAACCUAGAGGAUUUUUUGGCUGAGGAGAUUAGAGCAUUUGCAGGUUAGGGAAAGUCUCCAUUUUUUUUAUUAAAUUAUUUUUUUGGGGUGGGUGAGGGCUGUUGCAUAAAAAGAAAAAAAGAAAAAAGAAGGCACUGAGAAAUGUAGUCCACCUGAAAUGGGUCAGUUUUGUCCUUUUGGAGACUUCAUGCGCCACUGCCACAUGUCUGGGACUGGUCGGGUGUCGGGGUAAGCUCACGACCACCAAACAAUAACGCUAGUCGUCUGUUAGACAUCCUUGAUAGUUUAUACUUUGUCAGGGAUUUGAUUAAAUUAUUUUGGGAACUCGUUACAGUAUCACCAUUUCACCAAACCAAUUUUGUUUUUCUGACUUGAACUUUAAAUGACAAACAUCUGAAUCAACUUCCAUCUUAUUUACAGUACUUACACUCUAAACAUUCUGAUUCGGAAGCAAGACAUUUCUACCAUAUAAAGAAUUCAAGCUAUUAAGAGCACUUACAUUAAAACACUUAUGUCUGGAUAAGAGAGAAGCACCUUAUAUCGAGACGAGCAGCGUAUAUCUGAAAAACCAAACAGCUGGAAAGCAUUGUAGUAGACAACUUUAUAAUUCGUUUUUUUUCCUUUUUUGUUCAUUUCUACAAAAGUUCUUUCACUUUGCACUGAUAGAAGACGAGCAAGUAAGCAAAUCUCUGAACGCAAUUUGGACAACGCAGUGGGGUUUUUUUGUUUCUUUUUCUGAACAGUAGCUACGCUUUUCUCAAUACAAAGUGCCAAGCACACUUUGUUAACUGUUUCCUGAUCAGCGUGAAUCAUAUUCAUGAAAAUAAAAUAAAAAGAUAAACAAUGGCCUAUUUGGAGAAAUGUA